CCGAGAGAAAAGAAAAUGCCACUUAGUCUGUGCUCGAAAACAUCGGAACAUGGAACUCUUAUGUUUCCGGAUUCGCGACACAGAAAUAUUGCUCUUAAUCCUGUUUUUCUGCAGUUCUUGGGCCGAGUCGACCCACGAAACACAGUGCAUAGAAAACGGCAAAUUCUACAGGAAUCCAAGCAGAGCAGCCCACAAGAUAUGGACGGAGAGCGAAUGUUCCAAAUAUUUUCUUUGCCUGGAAGGUGAAGUGUUCGAGUUCAAGUGCUCGACGGGGCUGCUUUUCGACGUAGACCGGCAAAUAUGCGAUUUCAAGGCGAAUGUAGACAACUGCGAUGUGACAUCAGAACUCACCCCUCCAAAACCCCUCCUAGAAAGAGCAAACUGUCAUGAUUCUGAUCAACUAGGAUGUGCUGACGGAACCUGCUUACCACAAAGCUACUUUUGUGACGGUUCCUUAGACUGUCCAGAUGGUAGCGAUGAAGGACACUGCAGUGGUAAAAACGACCCAAAUGGUGCACCACCUUGUAAUCCCUCCAAGUGCAAGUUGCCCCAUUGUUUCUGCUCCAGGGAAGGAACUAGAAUACCAGCUGAUUUGAAUGCAAAAGAUACGCCACAGAUGAUCAUGUUGACUUUUGACGAUGCUAUCAACGAGGAGAAUUGGGACCUCUACUUUCAGCAGAUUCUGCCGGCCAAACGGAAAAAUCCUAAUGGAUGUUCCAUCAAGGCUACCUUCUUCGUUAGUCACCAGUACAACGAUUACCAGAUGACGCAGAAAUUGUGGAAUUCUGGACAUGAAAUAGCAGUUCAUUCAGUUACACAUCGUGGUCCUGAAGAUUGGUGGUCCAAUAAUGCCACCAUUGAAGAUUGGUUUGAUGAGAUGGUGGGAGAAGCUAACAUCCUCAACAAGUUCUCGAAGAUAAGGCUGGAAGACAUAAGAGGCUUGAGGGCUCCAUUCUUGAAAGUUGGUUGGAAUCGACAGUUUUUAAUGAUGAAAGAGUUUGGCUUUGAAUAUGACAGCUCUGUGAUUGCUCCAUUCAAUAAUCCACCUUUUUGGCCUUACAGUCUAGACUUUAAGAUACCACACAGUUGUUCAGGACAAAAACAGAAUUGCCCCUCAAGGUCCUAUCCUGGUUUAUGGGAAAUAGUGAUGAACCCUCUGGAAGUUAGCGAAAAUAUUUGUCCCAUGUUACAUUCUUGCACUUCUAAACUAUCGGGAGAUGAAAUUUAUACAACGUUGAUGCAUAAUUUUAAGAGACACUACCAUACAAACAGAGCUCCAUUUGGUCUUCACUUCCAUUCUACUUGGUUCAAGAAGAAAGACAACUUGUUCGCGUUCCAGAAAUUCCUCGACGAUGUCUUGAAGAGAUCUGAUGUUUGGUUCGUGACGAAUUCUCAGGCUAUAAAAUGGAUGAAGAACCCGAGAAAAAUCAAUCAGUUGGAGUUCUUCGAGGACUGGGGUUGCAAGAAGUAUUUCAGGAAAUCUGAGAUAGCUUGCAGUAGGCCGAAUGUGUGCAAGGUGUACAGUAGAGUUUUUCAGCAGGAAAGGGUGUUUCAUACUUGUGCAGAGUGUCCACAUAAGUAUCCUUGGUUGAGAAAUGAGUUUGGUAGCGACUGAAUAUCUUUUAGGUUAAGUGUAAAGUAGCAUAUAGGGUGCGUGAUAUUUUCGAACUAGUCCUGUAUUAAGAGAGAAUAAAGUAUUAAAGGUAUAAUAAUAUG